UGUACCAAUUCGUUUGGUGAGACAGUUUAAAAAUGUUGCAAAAGUAUUUAAUUUACCUUUUUGUUUUUGCCGUUUUGAUUGUUGGUGUUCAAAUGGUUUCAAUUGAAAGAUAUGAAAAUUAUGCGGAAAAUGAGAAAGAUCAUCAGAAGUGUUUGUCAAGAAAACGUAGAUAUUUGACAUUUCCCGAGGGAAGUUCCAUGCAACUGGUCUACGAUCAGAUUAUAGGUAUGGUGGACACGACCAAUCUGCAUAUCUUUGGUAUUACAUGUUCGUUGGCUUGGCAACUGCCUCAUAAAUCACAUUUUGCCGAGCACCACACUGAAGCACCGAUGCAUAAUAGCAAGAUUUCAAUCAGCGAUGUUGUGAACAACACCGAUAAAAUUGACUUUGAUGAAUCGCCGCAAAGCACGGGACAUGUUUACCAUUUCGACACUUACUACAAUCGGUCAAAUUAUCAUUCGCAUAAAGUUGAUAACGGUUAUUUCGAUUACUUGAAAGCAGAACCAAAAAUAAAUCGACCACCAUCGAUUCGAUUCGACGAUUGGCAAAAAUAUCGCACAAAUAAAUUAAAGUGGAAUUAUUCGCAUGACAUUUAUCCGGCAUUGCGAAUGAGAAGACACAUCGCCAGUUAUGACGAGAAGCAUAAUGGCAGUGGUCUUCAUCCAGAAGUGAGAAAAUUGGUGCAACAUCAUCGUGAUACACGUUUUAGCCUUUAUAAAUCCAUUGAAAAAUACUUGAAUGCCAAAGGUGAAAAUGGCGAGCAAUGCAUCAAAUUAGCGUUAUGCGAAACAAAUCAGAUGGAACAUACGAGUACCGAACCUGAUUCAUUUGUAAAAGAACUAUUACGGGCGAUUUUCAGUUUGCCAUCAGUGAAGUUUCAUUCAGAUAUGUCCACAGUUCAAUCAACGAAAUAUGACAAAGUUUUGAAUGAAAUAGAUUACAACAAUGGCAUUGACUGCUACAAAAAAUAUCCCGAGUGUUCCACAAGCAUAUGGAGCAGCGAUUUCAUAUUUUAAUCAGUCGAAUUAUUUUUAAUCAUGUUUUUUUUUUAAAUAAAUAAAUUGACGCAAAAAUUGUAUCUAUCAGUUGAAGUGACUGCACUCACUCACAAUUAAAAUUGCUUACCCACAUCAUAUGCUGGAGAGACGAUUGUGAGUUAUCGUCAAUGGAAAAUUGAAAUUUGUCACACUUUAUCUCUAUUCCGAUUCUGCUGUCGUGAGGGAGUAUUUGUCGCAAUGACGACAUGACUUCAUCGAAUUCAUUAGAAACCAGUCACUUGAAAAAAAAAAUACAACAUAAUUUAUUUCCAAAUUGUUUAACACGUGAUUUAGUCAAAGAGGAGAUUUUAUGCCCAAAAACGU